AUGGCAGAUGAUAGAGUAUGUCGAGUCUGUUGCGGCGAAAACUCGGAGGAGGAGCCCUUAUUCUAUCCAUGUAAAUGUUCAGGAACAAUUAAGUAUGUUCAUGAUAACUGUCUUAUUAAGUGGCUGCAGUACAGUAGACGUCGGGAUUGUGAGCUUUGUCGUACACCAUUUCGGUUUACCAAAUGUCUGAUGUAUGAUCCGAAUAUGCCGAAAUCUAUGCCGAUAGCGGUUUUUUUGGUGCGUUUAUUGAGGCGUUUGAGGGGAUUAGCGUUAAAAUGGCUGCGUACGGGACUUGCAUUAUUUUUAUGGCUUGGAUGGCUUCCAUGGAUGACACAAUGUGUAUGGAGGUUUUCCCUUAGUCUAGGGGAUAAUUUGGUUGGGAAAACGUUGCUGGAUGAGACGUCUGAGUCAUCAAGAAUGACAUGGUUGCAAUAUACCUUUAGGAAGAGGGAUUUUUCGCUUAGAAACCUCUUUAGAUACAAGACAAUUAAUAAAAUUAUGAUGGAUGUGUUUGAGGGACAGCUUAUAACUGGUAUUAUUGUUAUUAUCUUUAUUAUUAUUUUGCUUUGUAGAGAGUGGGUUAUGGUUAUUAGUUUAAAUGAUGAACAUCCUUUUGAGUCCUCAGGAAUGAUCAAUCGGAGGGCAUCGCAAGAAUCGUUACAAGAAAAUGUAGAGGAAGAUGAACAUUUUCCCGAGGAUGAAGGGGAAAAUGAGAAUGAAAAUAAUGUGGAUAUGAAUUAUUUUGAAGAAGGUCCUGCUGAGCGGCCUCUUUCUGCAAAUACGUUGGUUUAUUCUAGUGAAAGAUGGGGAAUUGAUGAAAUUUCAUCUUUUGACGGGACCGGAGAGGGAUCGUCUAGGAAUUAUGAGGAUAGGAUGUUACUACCAGAUUUAGGGUCUUUGGAUUAUGAACCAAAGAAAAAUAAUAUGAAUCAAUAUCAGGAAACAUUAGCGGAGGCGGGUCCUUCUUCGAUUAAAGAGUUAGAAUAUGAUGAGCGAAAUGGACAGUCAUUUGAAAAGAAAGUUGUGUUUCCGGAAACCAUGGAUAUUGAUGUAAAUCAUCGAACAGAAGUAUAUGAAACGAAUGAAUCGAUGCAACAAAAUCAUAUGGAUUUUUCUUCUACUUCCUCUUUAUCUUCAUCUCAAAACGAUAUUCAAGAAAAUGUUAGAAGUACGAUUGUUCAGUCUUUAACGUCACGAGUAAGGAGUCUUUGGAGCUCUAACGAGGAGAAUACGGAGAAUAGAGAACGUAUUCCCAAUGAUGAAUCUAGAGAAGAUCAUUUUGAAAAUGAAAAUGAUGAUAUGCCUGAAGAAUUGGGAGAAAUCGAUGGAAUCAUUGAAUUAUCCGGGAUUCGAGGGCCUAUAAGUGGUCUUUUUCAAAAUUGUACUGUAACAUCUAUUUUAAUUGCUAUAUUUCUUGGAUUGUUAAUACUUAUACCAUAUGUUUUGGGAAAAUCACUAGUUCUUGUUAUGGUUCGAAUACCGCAUUAUUUGAUAUUGUUUUCAGAAAGUACGGUUCAAAAAGUUUUUUUAACUAUUGUUGAUGCGAUUGUUUUUUUCAUUUUUCAAGUAAUUAAUGAAUCAUAUAUGAGGAUUUUUAAAGCGCGCAAUUUUAUAAAAUCUAUAGCUAAUAAUGCGUUCAUUAGAAUUACAGAAAGAGUUUCAUCUAUUUAUUUCUCAGGUUCAUCUUCUAAUUUGGAAAAAGAGGUUAUAUUUCAUAUUUAUGGUAUGAAGAUCUCUAUACCUCCUAGAAUCAUUACUCUUGGAACGAGAAAUACUGCUUUUGAUAGAACAAUAUCCAUUAUUAUUGGGUAUUGUAUUUUAAUAUCUAUUGGCGCAUUAUAUUUGAAGAAAUAUUCUAAUAUUAAAAAAAAUGCACGACAAGGAAUGGUUCAACGUGUAAUGAAUGAUACGCUUCAUCAAGCAAGCUUAAUUAUUAAGUUUAUUGUAAUUGUAGGAAUAGAAGUCAUUGCAUUUCCUAUUUAUUGUGGGAUCCUUAUAGAUUUAUUAUUACUGGAUUUAUUUGAAAAUGCUAAUAUCAAUACACGGCUGGCUUUUACAAACUCAAAUCCUUUUACCAGUUAUUUUUUACAUUGGUUUAUUGGUACUGCAUAUAUGUUUCAAUUUGCUUUAUUUGUUAAGAUGUGUCGUGAUAUUGUUCGUCCUGGUGUUUUAUUUUUUAUUCAUGAUCCUAAUGAUGCACAAUUCCAUCCGAUUAAAGAGAUCCUUGAACGUCCUAUUAAAGUUCAGUUACGAAAAAUAUUUACAAGUGGAAUCAUUUAUUCUUGUUUGAUAUGUUCAUGCUUUUCGAGCGUAAUAUAUUCUGUGAGAUAUUUUAUUCCAGAUCUUUUUCCCCUUCGUUUAUCACUCAAUAAAUUCCUUUUUGAUAUUCCUUUUGAUAUAUUGGCUUUACAUAUAUUGAUUCCUUUAACUUUAAAAAUGAUUAAACCAGCUGCUAUAGCAAAGGCAUUGUGGGUUUGGUGGUUGAAAACUAUAAGUGCCAAGCUUCGUCUUACUUCAUUCAUGUUUAAUGGUCGACAUCCUCAAGAAGAAGGUGUAUACGUAAGGAAAACUCUUAUGGCAAAGUUAUUAAUAAAAAAAACGGAUAUUCAUGAUGAUUCCGGGCAACCUCUGAAAGAUCUAGAUGUUGUUUUCGUUCGUAAUGGAUCCUUUUUACGUGUACCCUUUAAAGACAAUAUCUCUCUUCAAAGAGAAUCUAUGUUUAUACCUGUUACAGAGGAUAAUGUUAGAUUGGAUAAGAAACAGGAUAACGAGUCGAAAAAUAGCCCUAAUUUUACGGUGGUAUAUGUUCCUCCGUCUUUUAUUAAGAGGAUAAUUGUGCUUUUAUUCUUGAUAUGGAUUUUUGCAUUCUUUAUUGGUAUUAUGUUGACCAUUCCUCCAUUAAUUGUUGGACGACAGAUUUUUGCAUUUUUAUUUUCUACUUAUGAAUUUCAUGAUUUUUAUACAUAUAUUUUUGGAUGUUACUUUCUUGGAACUUUUAUUGCAUUAUCAAUAUUUUUAUAUACUCAUGGAAAUUUACUUAAAAAUACUUUAAGAAUCUUUAUAGAUAAAUUAAAGUCUCCUAAAAUAAUGGUAUCAUGCCUAAGUACAUUUUUGUUCAGGCUUUUAAAGAUUGGAUAUAUGAUUAUUGCUUUUGAAAUAUUUAUUCCAUUCUUAUUUGGCUUGGUUAUGGAUUAUUAUAUCAUUAUUCCAUUUAAUACCUAUUUUUUAUCAGAAGAUGAUCCUGUAAUAUAUAUUUUUCACGAUUGGGCCUUAGGAAUUUUAUAUACCUUAAUUAUUGCCAAUUUGAUUAUGUUAAAUAGAGACUCAUCUCUUGCACGGUCAAUGAUACAGAUUGUUCAUAAUGGAUAUUUAGACCCUGAUAUCGUACUUUCUACUAAAUUAUUUAUUUUUCCUAUUGGACUAAUAAUGUUAACGGCAUUAUUACUUCCAUUGUGUCUAGGUUAUUUUAUAUCAAUGUUAAUAUAUCGUUCUAAUGAUUAUGACACAAUUUCUCGUAUAUAUCGCUAUUCAUAUCCUUUAACCUUUGUUGGAAUCUUAGUUAUAUUAGUUCUAAAAGUAUUUCAUAUUUUAUUAGCUAAAUGUAGGCAAAGCAUUCGUGAUGAAGUGUAUCUUAUAGGAGAACAACUACAUAAUUAUAACCAGCAUUAA